AGAGUCGUCCUCGGUGAGCUUCCCAACUUGUGCAAGAAUAAAUCAAAAUGUCCCAAAGGAAUCAAAGUCCGACAUCGACACUAGAUCUGACGAUCCCCAGAUGUGUGCUCCCUAUGUCACCGGAAUCUUCGUCUAUCUCCGUCAAUUAGAGGUGAAGGAAAAGUCAAGGCCUUUGAUUGAUUGUAUAGACAAGGUGCAAAAAGAUGUAACGCCUGAUAUGAGAGAAGUUUUGGUUGAUUGGUUAGUUGAAGUUACUGAAGAGUACAAACUUCUCUCCGACACUCUUUACCUAGAUGUCUCCUACAUCGACAGAUUCUUGUCUCUUCAGACUGUUAAUAGGCAAAAGCUUCAGCUUUUGGGAGUUUCUUCUAUGCUUAUUGCUUCAAAUGAAUGCACUUUCUUUGGAUCCUGGUGCUCUGUGUUCUAUGCUGGUGGUGGAGAUUGCAAAGUUUCUAUCGGUGCCUUCAAUUCCUCAAGUGACUAUGCGACACAAACUCUUGGUUCAGUAUCAGACCCAAGGUACUUAAAACUGGGGAAGGAAGAACCAAGGUUAGAGACUAAAUGGUUUAACGAGAACAGCUAUUCCAAAAUGCCAAUGCUUCAGUUACAUAAAGAGAUAGUAGAUUUCUGUGAGUUUUUGUUACCAACUUGAGGGGAGAAAGCACAGCGUGAUAAUAGUUAACAAGAAUGAGGAACUUUGAUGUAAGAAUGAGUCUUAUCCACGCUUCCUAAGUAGUAUUGUCUGUAUAUUCCAGACACUGUUGUUUUGAUAUGUUGAAGUUAGUUGCCUGUAAACUUUUUUUUUAAGAACUUUUAACUUAAGAAACUACCAUUGGAAGAUGAAAACUGUGUAUUUUAACAUAAACUCUUAACUUAAUUUUAAUACUAAAAAUUUGA